AUGGCCGACAUCAAGACGGGCAUCUUCGCCAAGAACGUCCAGAAGCGACUCAACCGCGCGCAGGAAAAGGUCCUUCAGAAACUUGGGAAAGCUGAUGAGACAAAAGAUGAACAGUUUGAAGAGUAUGUCCAGAACUUCAAACGGCAAGAGGCAGAAGGUACCAGACUUCAGAGAGAACUCCGGGGAUAUUUAGCAGCUAUCAAAGGCAUGCAAGAGGCUUCAAUGAAGCUCACCGAGUCACUCCAUGAAGUCUACGAACCUGACUGGUAUGGGCGAGAAGAUGUGAAAAUGGUUGGGGAGAAAUGUGAUGUGCUGUGGGAAGACUUCCAUCAGAAACUAGUGGAUGGGUCCUUGCUGACAUUGGAUACCUAUCUGGGUCAAUUUCCUGACAUAAAGAAUCGCAUUGCAAAGCGGAGCAGGAAGCUGGUCGAUUAUGACAGUGCUCGGCACCAUUUGGAGGCUUUGCAGAGCUCCAAAAGGAAGGAUGAGGGUCGAAUCUCUAAGGCUGAAGAGGAAUUUCAGAAAGCACAGAAAGUGUUUGAAGAAUUUAAUGUUGAUUUACAAGAAGAGUUACCAUCAUUAUGGUCAAGACGAGUUGGAUUUUAUGUCAAUACUUUCAAAAAUGUCUCUAGCCUUGAGGCCAAGUUCCAUAAGGAAAUUGCUGUGCUUUGCCACAAACUGUAUGAAGUGAUGACGAAGCUGGGCGACCAGCACGCCGACAAGGCCUUCACCAUUCAGGGUGCUCCCAGUGAUUCAGGUCCUCUACGCAUUGCAAAGACACCAUCUCCACCUGAGGAGGCUUCCCCUGUUUCAAGCCCUGUAGGUAGUCCCAAUCACACACUGGCACCUGCAUCUCCAGCACCAGCUCGGCCUAGGUCACCUUCACAGACAAGGAAGGGGCCUCCUGUCCCACCGCUGCCUAAAGUCACUCCCACAAAGGAACUGCAGCAGGAAAACAUCAUCAAUUUCUUUGAAGACAACUUUGUUCCGGAAAUCAGUGUGAGCACACCUGCCCAGAAUGAAGUCCCUGAAGCGAAGAAGGAGGAGACCUUGUUGGAUCUAGACUUUGACCCUUUCAAACCUGAAGUAACCCCUGUGGGCUCUGCUGGUGUGACUCAUUCACCCAUGUCUCAGACAUUGCCCUGGGACCUUUGGACGACAAGCACUGAUUUGGUACAACCGGCCUCUGGUGGUUCAUUUAAUGGAUUUACUCAGCCCCAGGAUACAUCAUUAUUCACAAUACAGACAGACCAGAGUAUUAUCUCCAACCUGCCUGAAACCGAGCAGGCUCCUCCCACAGAAGCAAAGGCAGAGGAGCCCCCUGCCGCUGCUGCACCUGCUGCCAGGCUGGGACCUGGACUGGACGCUGGAGUUGAGGAGCCAGCGCAAGAGGCCGUGGCUGUACCUGGAGCUGAAGCUGAUGUGGCUGUUGGAACCUUGGUUGUCGGAGCUGAGGGGACCCCAGUGGAGGAAGCGGAAACAGAGAAGGCCGCUUUCUCUGCUGAUGAAGGAAUAAGUUUAGAGGAGGCCAAAGUUGAUAGUGAAACUGUGGAGACAGCUGACAGUGACAAGCCACUUUCAGAAGAAGUGGAAGUAACGGUGCCUCAGGAGAAGGUCAUCCCUUCUGUGGUCAUAGAGCCUGCUUCCAACCAUGAAGGGGAGGGAGAACAUGAUGUAAUAGUUGGUGCAGAAGCCAAAGAAACAACUGAUGAGGCGGCUCUGCCAGAAUCCACCAGCAAGACAGUGCCUGCGACGGAGCCGAGGGCCCUGGAGGACACGUCGCCGGCUCCCUCAGCACCAGCCGGAGAUGCUGACCAGGCAGGAACUGCACAGGACACUGCUCAGGAAUUGCCCCCUGGAUUUCUCUAUAAGGUGGAAACACUGCAUGACUUUGAGGCAGCAAAUUCUGAUGAACUUAACUUGCAAAGGGGUGAUGUGGUACUGGUGGUCCCAUCAGACUCAGAAGCUGACCAGGAUGCAGGCUGGCUGGUUGGCGUGAAGGAGUCUGACUGGCUUCAGUACCGAGACCUCUCCACCUACAAAGGCCUCUUCCCAGAGAACUUCACCCGACGCCUGGACUAG